AUGGCUACAUCUACAGGAUCAAGUCAAGGCCCCUGCACCAAUUGCCGCGAAAGACACGUCAGAUGUGAUAGACAAGGCCCAAAGUGCCAACGGUGUCAAAACAAGGGUUUAGACUGUCUUCCUGUUCAGAGAAAGUCGGUCUUUCGCCAUGGGUCGGCGGCGAACUUUGAGGCGCAGUUUUCAGACGAUCAGCCGUGGGUGAAUAGCGAGCCAAGACGAUGGAGAUCAUUACAAGAUAGCUCUGUAUCGUUGAGAGAGUCUAAUUCGGUGGUGCAAGCUGCAGCACCUACCGGGCGUUUCAGUGUAUGUCCUACGGUGUAUGCAGGGUAUGAUUUGCCAGCAUCUCAGGUGCAUGAGGGACAAAAUAGGACCAGCCAUUCGGCACAGGCAUCGAAGCGUCAGAGACCUGAUGGGCCUGUUCCGGGGCUGUUUCAUGAUUCGCCGCUUAGUGUGUCGUCGCUGCUGUCGUCGAGUGAUUCGGGGGUAUAUGUACCGACACUCAACGAGCAAGGGCACGAUUGGGCGGUUGGGAAUAGUCUUGGCCAUUCUGAACUGACGACACAGGGCUCAUCCCGUGUGAAUGACAAAGUGUAUAUCAUUCAAGAGGCUUGUUUGCUGCGAUAUUUCAUAGAGGAAAUAUCACCAUGGUUCGACCACUGCGAUGAACAACGACACUUUCAACUGGAAAUCCCAAAACGGGCAAAACACUGUCUGGCUCUUCGCAAUGCCAUCUUUGCCGUUGCAUCGUGUCACCUCAGCCGUCUGCCAUACUAUACAACACCACAUGGGAUCGUAUAUCACGGACAGCAACUUCCCGAUCUGAAAUCCUCCACAGCAGUGGAAUACAUGCUCAACUGCAUCCCCGAUCUCAUCAAAUUCCCCGAAAUCCAAGACCCAAAUGACCAGGAAAGUCUAAUGGCGGCCGCAAUCAUCCUUCGCCAAUAUGAAGAAAUGGAAGAAGAAAUAGACGAGUCGCAUAUGCAUCAGCGGGUGAACUUUCUCGCCAUCACGCAGACGAUUAUCGACUCGAUGAUGUCGUCGCCGACUGAGCGGUCUCUUGCAAAUGCGGCGUAUUGGAUUGCGAUCCGACAAGAGGUAUACUAUGCUUUGACCAGAGAGCGCGUCCCGAUUAUGCAGUUUGGUCAUGAUGACUGGGGUAAUGCGUCUGUUGCUAACAAGUUUAUCAUGUUUGCGGGGGAAGUCACCAAGUGGCGAUGGGGAGGGAAGUCAUCAGAUGGAUGGGACCAACUGAAAGAACUAGAGAAACAGCUGAUGCACGACUACAUGUCUCAGCUAAUCCCCAUUCUCGAACGCAAGGCCGAUAAAUCACAAGGCGAAAUCUUCCCUACGGUCUGGUACGCCGUCGACAGCCAGGUAACAGCAGUCCAGCAUCUGGAACUCGCCCGGAUGAUUCUCAUCGCCGAGAAUCCUCAUCUCGAAAACGCUGUAUCUCCCCGCAUCGCCCACCGAAAAGCCGAAGCCCAAGUCAGAGGCAUGGUGUUGAAUCUAUGUGGAAUUGCCUUGGGGCAUUUGAGAUGUCAGCCUGCGCUGGUGAAUGCCGUCAUCGCUAUAACCCUUUACGGGGAAUAUUUCACCGAGCAGACAGAGAGAGAGGCGUUGAUGGAGGUGAUUGACCGGACGAGGAACAUCCACGCCUGGCCGAUGCGAAAGCCAUACAGGAUGUUGAGGGAGCGAUGGGAGAUGGUCGACAGUGCUUCUUAG